CCUUCCUCACUGAACCAGCGUCAUGAGCUUUGAAUCAACUCCUCUCCCUCUUCACUACAGAGCACUUUGUUAAAAAAAAAACGCUUUAAAAACCAGAUCUGACAUAGACUUUUAAGAGACUGAAGAUCAGCUGUUGUUUCUUUUUAUUGCCCUCCAUCUCUUUCACUCCCCAACACUGUGGAUGAGUGUCGCAUGAGUCUCUCUCCUCCUGGACUGAAUUUACCACCUGGCCUGUUCUCUGUCCUGUGAGAAUAGCCUCUGUUCCCUCUUCACAUCAUCACUAAGACACGUACUGUUAACCCUAGGAAAACACACGUAGAAGUAGUUGAAGAUGGCUCUCAAUGUGCCGGGUCUGGUGGUGAUGGCAGGGUUCUACCUGCUGAUCUUGGGCACGGGCAUCUGGGCGUCCAUGCGCUCCAAGAAGGAGGAGAAGAAGUGGUCAGGGGAUGGCAUAGAGAUAACACUACUGGCAGGACGCAACAUCAGCCUGCUGGUCGGCAUCUUCACUCUGACAGCUACAUGGGUGGGUGGAGGCUUCAUCCUCGGUAUAGCUGAGGCCACAUACAACCCAACACUAGGUGCAGUGUGGGCUCUCAUGCCUGUGCCUUACGUCCUGACCUUCUUCUUGGGUGGCUUUUUCUUUGCCAAGCCUAUGAGAGAGAACAAGUAUGUGACGAUGAUGGAUCCCUUCCAACAGAAGUAUGGGAACGUUAUGAGUAGCGCGCUGAUCUUACCCGCGCUGGUUGCCGAUGUCCUGUGGGUGGCACGCACACUUGUCAGCCUGGGUGGAACGAUGAGCGUGAUCCUGGACCUGUCCUACGUCUACUCCAUCAUCAUCUCCUCAGUGGUGGCCAUAAUCUACACACUGCUGGGGGGGCUCUACUCUGUGGCCUACACAGAUGUCAUCCAGCUCAUCCUCAUCUUUGUCAGUCUGUGGGUGUGUGUUCCUUUCCUGUUGACCAACCCUCACUCUUUGGACAUCUCACUGACGGCCUACAACCAGACCUUCCAGGCUCCCUGGGUCGGCACGGUGGAGCUUGAUGAGGCUGGCAAGUGGUUUGAUGACUUCAUGCUGCUGGCUCUGGGUGGGUUGGCCUACCAGGCAUUCUACCAAAGAAUCCUGUCCGCCUCAUCUUACACCCAAGCUCAAGUGACCUGCUUCGCCUCUUCAGCCUUCUGCCUGGUACUGGGUAUCCCCUCUGUGCUGGUGGGGGCUGUGGCUGCAUCUACAGACUGGAACUCAACCAGCUAUGGGUUGCCCACCCCAUAUGAGCGCGACCAGGCAGGCUCCAUCCUUCCCAUUGCCCUGCAGUUCCUCACACCCCCCUACAUCUCUGUCUUGGGCAUCGGCGCUGUAGCGGCUGCUGUCAUGUCCUCCAUGGACUCUGCUCUGCUGUCCUCUGCCUCAUUGUUUUCCUCAAAUAUCUACAAGAAUAUUAUCAGGAAGCAGGCGUCAGACCGUGAGAUGCAGUGGGUGAUCCGUAUCUCGGUGGUGGUGGUGGGUCUGGCUGGCACUGCCCUUACCUUCCUGGACAGCAGUGUCCUGGUCUUCUGGCUUGUGGGUGUGGACAUGUCCUACACCAUCAUGUUCCCUCAGCUGGUCUGCAUCCUCUUCUUCAAAGUGUCCAAUGGCUACGGAGCCAUCAUUGGCUACAUGAUGGGAAUCGUCAUGAGGGUCCUGAGCGGCGAGCCACUCAUUGGCCUCCCGCCUGCCAUCAAGUUCCCCGGCUGCCGGCUGGACGACGAGGGAAAGCUAACCCAGUUCUUCCCCUUCCGCACUGCCAUCAUGGUCAUUUCGCUUGUAUCCAUUUUGCUCUUCUCCUGGUUGGCGUCCAUCAUUUUCAACAAAGGUCUGCUGUCUGAGAGGUGGGAUGUGUUCAAGAUCAAACGCAAGCAGACAUCCACAGCCGGCGGCCCAACCAGUGGCACAGCCAGUGGCACAGCCAGCGACAGGAGGACCAACUCUGAUAACGAAGAAGGCUCCGUGGCCAAACAGUUACUGGACACCACCAGCUGCUGAAGAGGCUCAGGAAGAUGGAGAGAAGAUGGGCACUGGCUGGAGGCGGGCAUGUUUGUUCAUCUGCUAAGCAGGAGUUCACACAGGGGGAACAACGGCAAAGGCUGGACGUUAUGUGCAGAUUCUGUUCAGUGUCACAGUGCAUUUGUGGCGCUGACAUUUACUUUCACAGAGUGCAGUCUGAGCUCUCUGGCACCCUACUUCAACAAGACAUUAACCAGCAUAGAAUAUAAUAAAAGAUGUUUACAUACAUAUCAUAUACAUCAGUGAAAUAGAAGCAGUCCACACAAAGAAGGCAAGUUCAAGCCAUUUAAAUCAACUUCCAUUUCAAAAAACACAACAGGAUUUUACGUUAAACGUAUACAAAAAUACAACUUAUACCUCUUAUUACUCAAUAAAGAACAGACUUGUAUUUUUACCACAUUUUGAGGACUUGAGAUUCCACCUUGAGGUUUCCUUUUUGAGAGACCUGAAUUCAACUUUAUGGAAAAAAGACACUUGCACAAGGAAUUAAAUUUGUCCCAAAAAUUCAAAUUAAUCCAUAAGAUGAUAAAAUAAGUUUACAAUUCACAUCAACAAAACUUUAUUAUCUAUUGAAUUCUGCCUUCUGUAAGAGAGAGUGCAUCACGCAACAAGCCACCUGCUUCAUCCUUUACUGAACAAUGAUGGAUGGAGCCGGGUGUGUCUCACCAUGCCGUACUGUGUGUGCACCUCGCUUGUCUCUCAGCGUGAACCUCUGUUAAUGAUUCGCAGCUAUGUGCAGCGUGACAGGGCUCUGUUUCACACCUCGAACAAAGAAAUGCUUCCCUGACGAGUGCACACUCUGCACUGUUACACGGUGCAUUCGUGAAUUUCGUCAUUGAACAGUUUGACUCUGAUCUGAUCUCUAGUUAAUCUGCUGCCUCGAGCUCUUCCAUACAGAAAUGGUAAUUCUUCUUGGCCUGCGAGUUAAUAGUAGAUAAUCCACUUUCAAUAUUCUUACUCAUACAUACUGUCAACGCUUAUACGCUUUAUUUUACACGGACAGACUGUGCUGUUUUCUGACUUUCUGUUUUCUUUUCAUUCAGUUUGAGAUUAUUGUCUUUUCCCACACUGUGACAAAGUUUGAAACCACCCAGCUGUGGAUGACUUAAGUCUCCAGUGAAAUGCUGGUGGCUUUGUUGUGCAAGCAGUGUUGAAAAUCACAAAAAAAAAACACCUGGACAGCAGUGACAAAAAAACUAUUUCACUUAAUAGUUUUGUCCUGAUAACUAA